AUGGAUAUUCCAAAACGACACCUAUCCUUAUUCAUAUUGAUUAUCUUCAUAACUACAUAUUCGUCAAAUGCCGGCACAAACAACAACAUUCCAGUUCCAUAUGGUCCAUCACCACCAACAUAUGCGUCGUCUAGUCCUUAUGCAAAAAAAACUGUAGAAAUUAUCAACGAUAUUGGUAGUAUAGUUUCGUAUCAUUGUAAAUCAAAAGACGAUGAUUUUGGUGUCAGAAGUUUGCAAGUGGAUAGCUCGUGGUCGUUUAGUUUCCGGCGUCAAAUAUUUGGAAGGUCAUUGUUUUUCUGUUAUUUUGUGUUGCCAAAUAUUGGAAGCUAUUGGUUCGACAUAUAUAAAGAGCCCCGAGAUAGUUCCGGCGAAUUCUGGUGCAAUAAUUGUGCGUGGAAGAUAAGACCGCUCGGACCUUGUAGGUUUAACAAGAUAACUCAUGAGUUUGAUCUUUGUUAUCCAUGGAAUAAAAAUAAGUCCUUGUAUUGA